UUGUUUUCGACGUGAGCGGACGUGCGUGCGGACGUUAUUUCAAGUUUUCGAAUUUCGAAUUUACUGUAAUUUGGGACUUUGAGGUGGCGUGUGACGACGACGGACGGUGACGACGGGUGUGUGUGUGUGUGCGGUUUGAAAAACGCAACAACAAAAUUAUUUAAAAAUUAAUUGAAAUCUGAAGCAAAGAAACCCCAGCGACUAAUGUAAAAAAUUAUACAAAAAUUUUGUUUUAUCUCAAACGUCGUCUCAUUCACAUCCCAAAAUACAGAUACAUAUAUACGUCUAUAUAUAUGUAUUUAUCAAUACUUAAACGUACCUGGGCAGUGCAACAGUAAAACAAACAAAAAACAACAACUACAAAAAAAAACCCCAAAAGGAAACAUACAACAUAACCGCGUCUCGUCUCCGCCUCAGUGUGCGUAAGCAGCAGCGCCCGUGCGUGUGUGCCUCUGUGCGUGCGCGCGUGUGUGUGAGUGUGUAAGGUGUGGUGUGUAUAGAAAAUCGAUUGAAAUUUGGUUUUGUUUUUUUUUUUCACCCCGCUUUAACUACUUUUUGCUGUGGUUAACGAUAUAUUUUUUUUUUGGUUAUAAAUUUUUUUUCUGCUGUGAAAAAAUUUUUGUUUUGGCAAUUGAAUGCGAAGAGGGGUAAAGUUGGAAAAGCUGAGCCAACAACAACAACCUCACAAGAAAAGCAACAAAAAUAAAAAAAAAAAAUAAAAACCCUCAAUCCCUUUGACAACUGCUGAUAUGGAUAAAUCAACAACUACGAACUCGGCCACUGCUGAUGGCCAAAAUGAGGCAUCAAAUGCUGGGUGUGGCACCAGCAGCAGCAACGGCGGCAGCAAUAACAACAACAAUAGCAGCAGCAGCAACAGCCACGCCAAUAGCAACAAUAUUAAUAAUAAUAACAACAACAACUGCAUUGGUGGCAGCAGCAACAACAACAACAGUAGGCCCAAUCACAAUGCCUUGCAACGUUUAUCAUCGGCAGCAGUUGCAGCAGCAGCAGCAGCGGCAGGAACCACCAGCAACAGCUUGUCAUCGUCAUCAUCAUCAUCCUCGUUGAUGAUUAACCUUAAUAUCAACACAACAACCGGCGGCAAUUUCGGGGUCAGUGUGGAGCCGCACAUCAGUGUGGAAAACCUGAAGAAGAUAAUAUCCAAGAAGCUGAAAGUGGCAAAGGAUCGCAUUUGCUUGCUGCAUCGUGAAAAAGAACUACAAGAUGGCACGCUCAGAGAUCACAAUUUAAUGGACGGUUCCAAAAUCAUUUUAAUACCAAAUGUGGAAACUGGUUUAUUGGCUCAACGUCCGGAGAACACGGUACUGCAAGCGCUGGAAUCGCUUAACGACUCGCAGGUUAAUGACUUCCUUAGCGGCAAGACUCCGCUUAAUCUGAGCAUGCGCCUGGGCGAUCACAUGAUGCUUAUACAGCUCCAGUUGAGCACUGUUAAUCCAGCCGGUGGCAGUAGCAACAGCUCCAGUGCAACAACAACAUCCACAGCUUUGCCAGCUGUCACUGGUGGCUGUUCGUCAUCAUCAUCGUCGUCGACGUCGUCAUCGUCGUCCUCCUCCUCAUCAUCAUCGUCGUCGUCGUCGUCGUCCUCUUCUGGUGGCAGCUCAUUAGCAACAACAGCAGCUGGAAUACUUUCCAGCCAUGGAUCAGCUGCUGCCUCAUCGACAUGCACAAGCUUAAUAGAUGCUGCCGCUAUGGUGAAUGGAUAUUCGGCAAGCAGUUGCAAUACAAACACCAGCAGCAGCAGCACCACUUCAUCCCGCACCCGGUCCUCUAGCCAUAGAUUGGCCAGCGGUGGUUCCGGCAGUGGACGUAAUAGCAUUGGUCAUGGCCAUGUACACAGUCAUCAGCAUCCGAGUCUACAUCAUCAUGGAUUUAAUCAGAACAACAAUAACAACAACAAUAGUGCAAGCAACAAUAAUGGACACCACCACCAACAUCAUCAUCAUCACAGCCAUCACCAUCAUAGCCAUCAUCAUAGUCAUCACCACAAUGCAUCGGCUGUGGCUGCUGGCAGUGGUGGCGGAAUGUCCUCAUUGCGUAAAAUGUAUGCCAAUUUGCCCAGCAACAGCACAAGCAACGGCAGCGGCAGCGGCAGCUCUGCAGGAUCAUCAACUGGAGGUACUGGUAGCGGCGGUGCCGACGGUGGUGCCAUUAAAGGACCCCCACUGACCAAGUUUCUAAUCAAGCGCAUACAAGGCAUACAAAACAUUGUGAAAAGCAUUGCCCUAACAACACCAUCAACUGGAUCAGCCGCAUCGACAUCAUCUUCCCCAACUACUACACGGUCGACAACACCAGGCACCAGCGGCAGCAGCAGCAGCAGCAGCAACAGCUCCGCCAGCACCACCAAAACUGUGCUGGAGCAAUCGCCAAUCAAGUCGCUCUCGAAUCUCGUCUCGAGUCCCAUCAAGACGACGGCCAUUACGAACAUUCCCAUGCCUAGCACCAGUACCAGUUCCAGCAAUAGCAACAACAACAACAACAGUAACACCAGUUCCACCAACUCAAGUAGUUCCUCCAUGUCGUCCUCCUCAUCGGCCUGCACCAGUGGUGGUUGUCAACAGGAUCCCAUUGCAGCCAAAUUGACAUCGUGUCUUUGCACACGUCUAUCCAGCACACCGCCAACUGCAGCAGCAGCACCAGCGGCAACAGUUUCCAACGCUGCAGCCAUCGCUGGGACAUCUUCUGGAUUGGUGGGAUCUUCAGCUGGCGGUGUCAAAUGUUCAUCGGAUUCUGGUUGUAAUGUUGGUUUUCCUACACGCUCCAAUGCCACCAAUUCUUCGGGUGCCAGUUUGACAUUCUCUGGCAAUUCCUCCAUGUUGCACAAGACUAGCAAUAAUCGGAUUACACGUCCCAAGCAUCAUCGCCAUCAUCACCAUCACCAUCAUCACCAUCAGCAGCAGCAGCAACAACAACAGCAGCAACAACAACAACAACAACAACAACUGUAUCAUCAGUCAACUGCAGGAAGUCCAACUGUUUCAGCCAGCUCACGGAAAAUGGCACAAGACGAUAUCAUUGCCAGCAGCACAGAUUUGGAUUCAUUGGCCGUUUCCGAUACACGCACUCUGGCCGAAGCCUCACGCAAUCUUACCCAGACACUGCGCAAACUCUCCAAAGAGGUAUUCACCAAUAAGAUCGAUCUCUCUGGGGCCAGCAGCAGCAUUGGCAGCAGCAGCAGCAGCAAUAGCAGCCACAGCGGCGGGGGCAGUGGUGCCGGCGGUGGCCAUCAUCACCACCAUCACCAUCACCACCAUCACCAUCAUCACAAUCACAGUUCGGGCAGUGGCCACAGCGGCUGCUCUGGGAAUGGGAAUGGUGGUGGCAAUGCCAGCGAUGAGAUGCCACGUAAAAAUGGCUCUGGAGCUGUUAUUGAGUCCAUGAAGAAUCAUGGCAAGGGCAUCUAUUCGGGCACAUUUUCGGGUACAUUGAAUCCGGCUCUACAGGAUCGCUUUGGCCGGCCCAAGCGUGAUAUAUCCACGGUUAUACACAUACUCAAUGAUUUGCUCAGUGCCACGCCUCAAUAUAGUCGCGGGGCGCGCAUUAGUUUUGAGGCUCCCACCACUAGUAGUAGCAUCAAUUCCAGUUCCAGUGGCUCUGGCUCUGGCUCUGGCUCUUCGUCAUCCUCAACCUCAUCGUCGUCGACUGCUUCGGUGGGGGGGGGAUCAUCAUCGAGUGGAAUGCAUCAUGGAUCACGUAGCAACAAAAUGUAUUCGAGCAAACAUCACAAUUGCGCCAAAUGCAAUAGUCGUGCCCAGCAGCAGCAACAGCAACAGCAGCAGCAGCAGCAGCAACAACAGCAACAGGCUGCCGCAACAGCUGCUGCAUUUGCCUCAUUGCGCUCCUGCGCCUACGGAGAAUGUAAUGGACAUUAUGUUACCAAAGCCACCUCCUCUUCCUCCUCGUCGUCGUCGUCGUCAUCAUCAGCAGCACCAGUCUUGUCAUCUAUGUGUUCCUCCUCCGCAAAUUCUUCCAAAUCCCACGGCAGUUGCUGUGCUGGCGGCGGCGACUCAGCCAACAAUUCAAGUCAAUCCAGAUGCAGCAAUUGCAGCUGCCGCUACGGACGCAAUGGCGAACGUGAGCACAUGUGCCAAAAGUGUACAAUGGAAAUGGAUAAUCAAAAGACCAAAUCCAAAAUGGAUCAAUUGCGUUUAGUUAUGCAGCAGCGUAAGCAAAAGCGUGAGGCACGCAAGCUUAAGAGUGGUCCGUAUGCAGCAGCAGCAGCAGCAGCAGCAGCGGCAGCAGCAGGAACAGCACCGACAACUACUGCCACACUGGAUGCAGCAGCGGCUUCAACAGCAGCAGCCCCUGCAACAUCUCAAUAUAGUGGAGUAAGUGCCGUAGUGGCAACAUCAUUGCAACAGCCACAGCAGCAGCAGCAGCAGCAGCAGCAACCGCAACAGCAGCAACAGUCAUCGGCGGCAACAGCAGCCGCAACAGCUACAGCAACAGCGGCGCCAAUUAGCAACAGCAGCAGCAACAACAACAACAACAACAACACCAAUGAAACUGCGUUCCUAGAUCCUUUGACGAAAUUUUAG